AUAAAAUUACUAACCAUCAUGUAUUCAAAAGCUGAAGAUAUUUGACUUUUAGGUUGUAAAUAUGUCUCUCAGUGGUGUAUCUUUAUAUCUCAGUGCUUUGUUUUCAAUUUGUAACGGAUUUCUUAUUAACCGUAAAACUACCAAAACACAUCAUGUUUACACCACACAGCCUGCAGAUCUGCCAGGUAACAACAAGACAGGUGAAAUAGUAGGUGCAGUGUUUGGGGUUCUUAUUUCAAUAGUCAUCAUAAUAGUAUGUGUCGUGUGUAUAAGGAAGAAAAGAAAACGAGAUCUAGAGAAUUCACGUAGAACAGAAUAUCUCACUGAAUCUUCACAGAGCGCAAGGGUCAUUGUCGACACAACACAAGAAUUAAGUCAAGGCCGAACUAACGUUAACAAUCGUGGUAGUGAAUACAUAUCUCUACAAAGAAAUCCAAAUAUGUGUGAAAGUAAUUCCGAUGGUGAAUUGUGAUCUUCAAGAUUAGGUUAAGCAUGAGAUUUGGAAAGGACUUUUGUCAAUCUGUAGACGAAAUCAUGGCGAAUCGAAUGUUUAAUAAUCUAUCAGUGUAAUAUUCUGUGUGUUCUCUUCAAGAUAUAUAUUUAGUUAAACCAUGUGAAGUAUAAAGUACAUCAUAUGUAGUGAUAUGAAUAAUGGUCAGUUAAAAAUGUUUUAAAUAAAAGAAAAUAUCUUUCCAAUAACAUUGCAUUCCUUAUUUCUCUUGUAGAGAACAUUUUUUUUAAAAUGACUCUAGAAAG